GACAAUAUUUUAUUCAAAAGAAUUGUAAAGACAAAAGCCACCCAACUCACCUCAACUCAAACUCAACCUCAAGAGAUGAGAUUAGUUUCAUAAUAAAAACAACAAACUGCCAAGCUGCACUUGCUCUCAUUCACAAAUAUUUCAUGAAUUAUUCUUAGCCUAACAAACCCAGGAAGCUGCUCACAUAUGCUUACAUGUUUUGUAUAAGCAGUUAGGAGUUGGGACAGCUUGUGUUUUGUUACAGACAGGUCUCGUAGGUUCGAGGGUUUGACUUUGUUUUAGUUUCUGGUGAAUUAGGGAUUCAGGGAACCUAGUUGACUCUCCUCAGCAGUGAGUUUUCUGUUUGAUGGAGAGUGUGGAAACUGUCGAAGAUAAUUUUCCUCUAAAAACCUUCCCUAACCCAGAACUUGCCUCCGGAAGUAAGGAUCAAUCAUAUAUUGAAGUCCCUAAACGCAAUGAUCCUAGUGAAGAGUUGGAACCUGAAUUACAUGUAUCAAUGAUGGGUGGUUCGAAAUUGGUCAAUGUGCAAGAUCCUUCUAAUAGCAUGACUCCUCAACAGGGUCAAAGUCUUCCGGUAGAGAACACAGUUAUUGAAACAUCACAAAAUCAUGAGAACUUUGUGGAUGCAUAUCCUCAACUAAAAGUCAGGAAUGAUAUUACUGAUGUACUUUCAUCUGAGCAGGAAGUUGCAGAAAGUGAACUUCAGGGGUCUGUAGCUGUAUAUCCCCAGCUCAAAGUUUUACAAGAUAUUUCUGAUGAACCUCUACUUGAACAGGAUCCUCAAGAUGAAGAAAAUGUACCAUGUUAUGUACCAAGUUCUUCAGAAAUUAACAGUAUGCCACGCCAAUCACCAGAGGAAGGAACUCUAGUUAGCAGCAAUGAUGUUCAACAGCAAAAUAUUUCUGACAGACCUAUUACAGUUGAGCAGGAUGUAUCAUCUACAUCAGCUAGGAAUGUAGACAUUGUAAAAUUUGAAGGAGAACUCAUGGAAUCCAGUUCAUUAAUUACAUCAGAAGCAAAACCGAACAGCGCUUUUCAACAUAGACAGACUUCUGAUGAGAUUUCACAGGCAUUGGUCAGUUCUGACGUGGGUGAUAUUGAUACGACAGCACCAUUUGAAUCUGUUAAGGAAGCUGUCUCCAAGUUUGGGGGAAUUGUUGACUGGAAGGCCCACAGAGUUCAUACAGUGGAGAAGCGAAAAGUUAUAGAAGAACAACUUGAGAGUGUAAAUCAGGAGAUACCAUGGUUGAGGAAACAGUCUGAGGCGGCGGAAGAUUCCAAAACGAAAGUUUUAAAGGAGCUGGAUAGCACUAAGAGACUUAUAGAAGAAUUGAAGCUCAACCUAGAGAGAGCACAAAUUGAAGAGCAUCAAGCAAAACAGGACUCUGAACUCGCUAGCCUUAGAGUGGCAGAGAUGGAACAAGGCAUUGCUAAUGAGGUUAGUGUUGCAGCCAAGGCACAGGUUGAGGUUGCCAGAGCAAGGCAUGUAGCAGCACUAUCAGAGCUGGCGACUGUGAAAGAAGAGUUGAUCGCAGUACGCAAAGAUUAUGAUGCACUGGUGAUUGAAAAAAAUUUAGCUGUAAAAAAAGCUGAGGAGACCCUUUCUGCAUCAAAGGAAAUUGAAAAGACAGUUGAGGAAUUGACUAUUGAGCUGAUUGCAACAAAGGAUUCCUUGGAGUCUGCACAUGCUGCUCACUUAGAGGCCGAGGAGCACAAACUUGGGGCAGCUUUGGCAUUAGAGCAGGAUACUCUGAAUUGGGAAAAGGAAUUGAAACAGGCAGAAGCGGAGCUCGAGAAACUAGACCAGCAAAUUGUGUCAGCAAAGGAUCUCAAGUCAAAACUAGAUGCCUCCUCAGCUUUGCUACGGGAUGUGAAAGCUGAAUUAGCUGCAUAUAUGGACUCAAAACUGAAUCAGGAAACUGAAGUACAUUUAAAUGGCGACGUUAUUGGUGAGGAGAAAAAGACUCAUAGUGAAAUACACGCAGCUGUCUCUUUAGCCAAAAAGAAUCUUGAAGAAGUGAAACUUAACAUUACGAAAGCAAAUGAUGAAAUUAAAUUGUUGGAAGUUGCUGCCACAUCAUUGAAAAUACAAUUAGAGAGUGAAAAAUCAGCAUUGGCUACCCUAAGGCAGAGAGAAGGAAUGGCAUCAGUUGCAGUUGCAUCGAUUGAAGCUGAGCUUAACAGGACUAAAAAUGAGAUUGCUAUGGUUCAAGUAAAGGAGAGAGAAGCAAGAGAGAAGAUGGUGGAGCUGCCCAAGCAAUUGCAAAAGGCAGCUGAAGAAGCAGAUCAGGCAAAGUCUCUUGCUCAAGCUGCUGACGAAGAGCUCCGGAAGGCACAGGAGGAAGUGGAGCGUGCAAAGGCUGGAGCAAGUACUAUGCAGAGUAGAUUACUUGCAGCUCAAAAGGAAAUAGAGGCUGCAAAGGCAUCAGAAAAUCUAGCUGUAGCAGCUAUCAAUGCACUGCAAGAAAGCGAAGCAGCUCAAACUCUCAACAAUAAUGACACACCUUCUGGAGUUACACUUACACUGGAGGAGUACUAUGAGCUCAGUAAGCAGGCCCAUGAAGCAGAGGAGCAGGCUAAUAAGAGAGUUGUUGAUGCCCUAUCUCUUAUAGCUACUGCAAAGGAAUCUGAGUUGACAAACUUGAGCAAAUUGGAGAAAAUUACUUCUGAGUUGGCUGCCGAAAAGGACUUGUUAGAAAUUGCGAGGCAGAAGGCUGAGAAGGCCAGGGAAGGGAAAAUGGGUAUAGAACAGGAACUAAGGAAAUGGAGGGCUGAACAUGAGCAAAGGCGAAAAGCUGGUGAGUCUAUUCCAGGAGCGGUUUACCCAAGUAAGAGUCCGAGAGCAAGCUUUGAGGUGAGAAAGGAAACAAACUACUUUGACCAGGCACCAAAUACUGCAGCUACGCAUUACAUGCAAAGCCCAAAACCAUAUGAGCAUAGCAACACUGAAACUGAUACAUCCCCUGAAGUGAAAACAUCAAAGAAAAAAAAGAAGUCUGUCUUACCGAGGUUUUUAAUGUUCUUGAUUAAAAGGAAGAAACAUCCUCAUUCCCGCUAAUAUUCUGCCAAGACUUGAAGGUGAUUAUGGUGUGCUACUCCUCGUAUUUUCAGUGUCCAAUAUGUUGCAUUGACCAGAAUCAUGCAUCUCGAUAUGGUAUCAGUUCUUCUUUGCACAUAUACAAUUUUGUUUUGUGUAUUAUAUAUAGGAUGGGUUUGCAUUUUUUUCCUUUUCUCCGGAAAUAGGUUUGUAAUUUUGUGUUUGGAUGGGGGGUUUGGUAUAGGAUGUAAUAAUUGAGUUGGUGAUCAAUUGGAAAAGAUAAAUUUGUGUUAUGCUGUAAAACAUGACUUGGUGGUUUGAAAUUUAAACUCCUGAUAUAUUUGUUUUA